GCAUCGAUGGGUUUGUCGCUUGUUUUUUUGGUUGGUGUUGUUGUGGUUGUUGUCGUUGUGGUGGUGGUGGUGGUGGUGGUGUUUUUGUUUCUUGUUUUGUUGGUUGUGGUUGUUCUUUCUACUUGCUUUUGUGCCUGCUUUUUCUUUGGCGGUGGGUCGCUGGGUUGAGGUCCCUUCUGAUGAAGGCCCAACUUCGGCGGUGCCAGAUGACGGUGACAGAUCACCUACAUGUAGCAGAGCUCAGCAGGGUAUGUUGCCUCCCAGUAGCCCAGUUGCAACGCCUUGCAGCAAAAGAGCAAGGACAGUUGAGCCUGGCGAAGGUGCGGAGCAACCGAAUCCUACACCGCCAAAAUCCCUGCGAAUUGGCUUCGGAGGUGUGACGUCCAAAGCGGCUCAGUGCAAAAAUGAUGCAUGCGGAGCACCUCGUACCAAAGACUUCAAGAAUGCCCUCUGUCCCGAUUGCGAAUAUGGCUUCAGGCGGCCUGGGCGAUCCCGUGCUGUUAGCACAUGGACCGAGGAGAUGAAGCGCCAAGUAGCAGAUGAAUCGAAGGCUCGCAGAGACACAAGAUUGGCUGACAAGAUGACGAGACCUGCUGAACGUAUUUUGUACGAACAGCAGUUGGAAAUCCUCAAGGAACUCCGAAAGAGGAGUGAGUGACUGUAGUCCCGCUUGAAACUUUGCAGCUCCGGGUUUCUUUUCGGCGACACACAAACUUGUGUGCGCAAGGGUUUAGCCUGCGAGGCAGGCAUAACUGCAAAGCUGACAAGCAGCACGAGGGGAAACAAUAGUGAUAGCGCGCAGGUCAGAAUCGGUCCAUUAUAUGCACAUGGCCAUCGUAUUUCGUGCAUUUCACAGAGACUUGGAAUGCGGCAGCUCCACGUGCAGCCUCGCGCUUUUGCCAGGCUUUUUUGGAGUACCUCAACAAGCACACGGCAAAUUUUCGAGCAGAGUUCCCGGCCAGGAGCAGAAACAAGUUGAUUUUUGACCUCCACGCCAAGGAGGCUAGAUAUGAGCAUGAGUUGAAAUGGAUGCACAAGGUAUGUCGAUCCUAUGAGUUCCAUUCAGAAUCUGCUGAACGUCAAAAUGAAGCUUGCAAGCAGCAGAUUGCUACUUUGAAAGAAAAAGAGAUUCUCUUAUGGUUAGAUUGGAAGCAGAACUUGACGCUGCCACUGGCAGCAGUACAAACAAAUGAGCAGUUCUGGGCACACUCCAGGAAAGAAGUCAGCUGCCUUGGUUGUGUUGCCUAUGUGGGCCGCACGGGCGCAGAGCCAAAGAGAAUCUGCCUUGUUUAUCUUAGUGAAAUCAUCGAGCACACUUGUUUGGCAGCAUGCUUGCAAAUCGACAAAAUGCUUCAGUCUCUGGGCGGCCUUUCCAAGUACAACUCUGUGAAGCUAUGGUUCGAUUGCGGACCUCAUUACCGGACCUUGGACUUGGCCGCGCAUAUUGCAGAGAAGCACGUGCGACCACAAAAUCGAAACAAUUUGAUUCUUUCCAUCAAUUAUUUUACUGAGAAACACGGAAAAGGACAAGUAGACAGUCUUUUCAGCUGUUGCAACCGCUGGAUUAAGUCUAGCCUGAUGAAGCCAGAUACUCUCCUGAUGAGCGUUGAACAACUCAGGGAUGCUUUUGUCGCUGGAGCUGCGCACGACAUGAAGCAAUCUCCGCCAGACAAAGGCGGCACCAAAUACAUCAUUGCUUUCUGGGACAGCCAAGCCAAGCCGGCGACCUACUUCAAAGGAAGCUCCGAAACCUUGCAAAUCAAAAAAACAUAUAGCAUUGAAAUGCAGCAUUUUGGCAGCAACAAUGCUCGACUGCUUCGCUUCCGCAACAUGUUCUUCAGCGAUUGCGGGCGUGCAAAGAGUGAAGUCUUCUAUUUGGAUGUUGAGACAGUCAACAUCCCUGCUGAUGAGAGAAGCUGGCGGAAAGGUUUUUUUGGAAACACACGAUGGCAAAAAGCUUUCCCUGAUCCGAACAUACGAAACACGAUGAUUUCCAGAAUGACUGCCUUGGAAGGACAUGCUGCUGAGGAAGUUGUGCGUUCAACUUUGUUUGAACGUCGGCUGAGCCGCUAUUUGCAGCAGCUGCAGCAAUCCAAAGAGAAACGGCAGAGGCAAAGAGAUGCCGUGAGAAGCAAUUCAUCAUCCAGCUCAUCCUCUGAAGACACUGAGAGCUCAUCGUCAGACGAAUGA